AUGAUGCAUCAGAUUUACAGCUGCAGUGAUGAAAAUAUAGAAGUUUUCACCACCGUGAUUCCUUCCAAAGUGACCAGCCCAUCCAGGAGAAGAGUCAAAAGUUCUCAACAUCUCUUGACUAAGAAUGUGGUGAUCGAAUCGGACCUGUACCCUCCACGGCCCCUGGAGCUGCUGCCACACCGCUCUGACCGCUGGGACACAGGAGAUGGCCGCAGGUUCGGCCGGGUCCAGAACGCGCGACCACCGAGGGCACAUCCUGCAAAAACCCCCACCAGACCUGUGGGAAUUUCUGAACCUAAAACAUCAAAUCUGUGUGGAAAUCGAGCAUAUGGAAAAUCGCUGAUUCCUCCUGUGACCCGAAUCUCAGUGAAAGCUCCAGCCACAGUAGAGGCAGCAGCCACAGAGAACAGAGCUGUCCUGGGGAGAGGAUCCAGGCAUCUCAAGAAGAUGGCUGAAGAGUAUCCAACCCUUCCACAGGGAGGUGAGGCCUCCCUCCCCUUGACGGGCAGUGCUUCCUGUGGUGUCCCAGGAAUCCUCCGGAAAAUGUGGACCAGGCACAAGAAAAAAUCAGAAUAUGUGGGAGCUACCAACAGCGCCUUUGAGGCUGACUAA